AAGUCCAACAUUGCAUACUUAAGAAAAGCUUUGAUUUGAGAGAGGCAGAUAAAGAUUGGAAAAAAAAAUCCUAUAUAUGCCUUUCUUAUGUAUUUUAAAAGUACGUGGUUAAUUUAUAUGUCAAAUGAAUCCAUGUGAACACGUAAUAAUAUAACUUCAAAAAUUCGACAGCUAACAUCAGCACUACGUUGCAAAAUUCUCGAUGAAUGUGUUCGUAAACUGUCUUCCUCAUGAAAAGAGUAGCUACUACUAUGGAUGACUCCAAAGAUCUAUCUAGUAAAGCAGUAGCUCUUGUAGAGCGUAACAUUCAACCGCAAGGUAUUCCAUUAAAUGAUCCAGAAGCUGUGGGUAAAACAUCACAACAAGAUUUAAUUGCAUUGGCAAAAGAAAUAGAAAAAGCAGACAACUUUGUUAAAGCAAAUGCCUGCAGCAAAUUGCAGGUGAUUGUAAACCAAAUAAGAUACUUGAAGAAACAGGCUGAAAAUAUUCUCACAGAAGCUGAUUGGAACAUGAAAUUACAUCAUGUUCCUUGUAAUUUUGUAAAACAUCCUGGACAUGUGUAUCAUUUGUAUCAAAAAGAAAGUGGUCAGCUUUACUUAUCCAUGAUUAGUCCAGAAGAAUGGGCUAUAUCAAAUUCUGGACCAGUUCAGACUUACAAGGGUUCCUACAGACUAGAGCAUGAUCAUUCAUGGACAUCUUUAGAAGAGACUGAUAAGAAGAACAAGGAAAUGACUAUAUUGGCUCAACUUUGGUCUAAUAUUUCAACAAAUGCAGUGAAAAGUAUUGAUUUAAAUGUAAAUAUGUAAAAAUGAUAUAUAACAUAUCUGUUUUAAAUAAAUCGUUCAUUUGAAAUGUGUUUCCAACUAAAA